AUCCUGAUCGUGAUCUGUCAUGUUGUAUAACAUACAGUUCGGUGCAACUUCAAGUAUUGCGCAGCGAUUAGUCCGACGCCUGACCGAGAUCGUGCGCGCACCCGUUACAUCAUCGGCAAGUGCUUGGUCGCGGCCGCGCGAUAAUCUCCGGCAGGGGUGCGUUUUGUUUACCAACGGUGCGCGGCUUCUCGUGCUCCGCGACGGGUGCGAGGGGAGAGGCGGAGACGCGCGUAGACGGUUAGUGGUGGCCGGCGCGGCGGCGGACCGCGUGGUAGGAGGCUGCCGCGAUUCAAUUUCAGUCGAAGCGCGUCAGGCAGACCGAGCAAGCGAACGCUAAAGCAUCGAGAACCGGUCGGUGAGCGCUCUCUUUUCCGCGUUACGAUUUUCGAACCCUCGAAAACAAAAAGAGAGAUCGAAAUACAGACGGAAAAAGAAGGAGAAAGAGAGAGAGAGAAGAAUAGAAGUUUGUACGCGCGUGCGCGUCGCGCGUGUGGUGUAUGAACAUAGCUGUGUUUUUGCAUCAUCGAGUCUCUUCGCGCACUUUUGUCCUUUCCCGCCUCGUCGCGCAUUUGAUCGUCUAGUCAGUUUUUACGUCUCGCGCGAUGUCAUAAAUCUAUCCGCGAUUGUUACCCGAAGCUGUAAUUCGAGAAGUCGAUGAUACUCUUCGAUUUCCGGAGAGCGAAAAUUACACACAAGUCGGUGCGAUUAUUGGUCGGUUGGCUUUUUGAUCGGCUCAUUCAUGCGAAACGAUUUUCAAGUCGGCAAUACAAAUGGCGUCAGUAGUUCUGAAACAGAGGUUUCGAUAAUUCGUACGAACGCGAGUUAUUGCCGAGGAUAUCUGAUAUUCCGUUCAGAAGUUCGAGCAUAACGAGAUGGACCUUCGCGAUAUUUGCUCGAAUAAUUACGUGACAACCACGAUAACGAUAACCAACGGCGUCGUCGCGCGUGUGUGUGUGUCGCCAUGAACCAGAACCAUUAAUCAGGAGGAAAGGAUUGUUUGCAUUUGUUCGAGCAUGGAAUUCGGAGGCUACAAGGGCACCGGGCCUCGUAUCAGAGUGCGCCGGCGAGCGGAAUUGGGGAGACGGCUCACCAGGAGGCUGUCUCUCGUCGCGAAAAUGCCGGCUGCGAUUCUCAGCAGAGCAAACCCGCCCGAGCCGAGACCGGUCGAGAUCACGGCGAUUGCACCUGACAAGACGCAGCUCACGUUAUCAGCCUCAUCACCCGGAGCUAUUUCUUCCGUGGUCGCCCCGGUACUUUUGAAAUAUCGAGUUUGCAGGCCUCGAUUACUGCUUGCUGGCUCGAGGGCCGAGGUCGACCCCGCAGCUGAUGUAGCCCUUCUGCACGGUGAAGUCUUACUCAUCGAAGACUCUGGAAGACAAUACAAUGCGAUCGGAGAUACAGAUCGCAAAUACAGAGCUACAGAGAAGCUGUUGCACACGGAAGAGGAAUUUCACGAAAUAUUGAGCAGCGCCAAAGAAUUGUACGCACGUCCGUUGGCACGGAAUUAUCCCGAAUUUCAUGAUGUUAUCUUUCAACCUCUCGCGGAUUUAUCGCGGGUCAGUGCAGAGCAUUGCCAAAGGAUCCGCGGGGCACUCGAGAAUUGGGACGGCGGUGCCUUCAAGCCGGGUAACUUAUUUCCCGGCUCGUUUUGGAACUCUUACUGGGAAUACCUGGAGAAAUAUAGCGAGGCUAGGAGGACACUGGACGAGCUGAGAGCGACCGAGGACCCCCUACUGCACUUUCUCAACCUUAGGCAGGCGGCCGCGAGGCACUCGCCCUCGUCCUUGCUUCUUCUACCGGUGCAGAGGCUUGCCGAUUACGAGAGGUACUUGGGAAGGGUACAGGAAGCGAGGAACUUGAUAGAGAACGAAUGCAUCGACAGCGGGGCGGUUCUCCACCGUGGACAGUUAGAGGGCGACCUUCACCGCAUUCAGGAACUCUUCCCCGGCGAUAACUUACGGUUACACGAACGAGAUGUCGUCACCACGAAGAUGAAGAAUAUAUUGCGUAAAAGAAACAGCGGUACUCCAGUCAGACUGGCGAGAGGUCUUUCUCAGAAAAACUUGGACACUUCGAGUAGCUCUCCGCCUCCAAAAUCGCCGGCUAGAACAUUUCUCUUGGAAACAUCAGUUCAAUUCACCACGGGUAUGCAAUCUCAGGAGAGACAUCUCUUCCUUUUCACCGAUCUCCUGCUGAUCGCAAAAGCUCGCAACGGUGGGACGUUCAAACUGAAACAGAUCGUAAGGAUGAGCGAGCUCUGGCUGACGACGGGCCACAUAGAGGACGUAGCGGAGACCAGCAAGUCUGCGGAAACUAGCUUCGUUCUCGGCUGGCCCACUACGAAUGUUGUAGCCACCUUCAUGACCGCUGCGGCGCGCGAUCUCUGGUGGGGACGCCUGAACGAUCUCGUGCGAGAAGAGAGUAUGAAAGAGCCGCCGCACACACACAUUCAAGUCGUGUAUCACGACAGCGACACGAAUAGCGACUACUGCAAAACGAUCCUGGUAGGCUCCGAUAUGACGGCGCAGACCUGCGUGAACGUGGCGAUGCCGUUGUGGGAUCUUCAAGGACCCUUCCAGCUGUGGGCCCGAACGUUCCCAGACGAGGCGCCGUAUCCGCUAAUAGGCCACGAGCGACCGUUCGCCGUGAAGAUAUCGAGCUUGCGGCACAUGCUGUCGGCGGACGAGGGUUUUGACUUGGAGCACAUCCACAAAAGCGGCGUCGAUCUGUGCCACUUCAUCCUGAGACCCGUGAUGAAGACGCCAGCGAAGAAGAACAACCGGUCGAAGAUAACCGGACUGUUGCGACGCUCACUCUCGCUGAAUCCGAGUCUCUUCGGCGUGAAUCUGUCGCGAUUGGACGAGAACGGCUUGCCCAAACCUGUUCUGGUGAUGCUGCAACAGCUGUUCGCGAAAGGCCCGUUCACGCAGGGUAUCUUCCGCAAAUCCGCCAACGUGCGGACCGUCCGAGAGCUACGAGAUCAAAUCGAGUCGACGGGAGAUCCUAGUUGUCUGGAGGACGCGCCAAUCAUAGCGGUCGCAGCUUUGCUGAAGGACUUUUUAAGAUCCCUACCGGAUCCUCUCUUGACUUCCCAUCUGUUUCCCCUUUGGAUGGACAGCUUGGAGACACCAAAUCCCGUGCAAACUAUUAAAAGCAUUUUAGAUAGGCUGCCGAAGGCGAAUUAUACGUUACUCUCGCAUUUAAUCUGCGUGCUACACCAUGUGGCGAGGCGAUCGAAGCGUAAUCUUAUGUGCGCCAGCAAUCUGGGCGUUUGCUGCGGCCCGAGUUUACUUUGGUCAUCGAAUCCGUCGGUGAACCAGAGCAGAGCAAUCCCGACGAUCACGGAGAUGUUGAUCCGUCACUGCGAGGAUUUCUUCGGCGCCGGUGUCACGCAGCUCCUCGGAGAAGACACGCGUAGUGACAGCGGAGCCGAAGAGAGCACCGACAGUCUUCACUGUGGGAUAUCCCUGGAUAGCUUAGACUUAACGGAGACACCGCGUAGGGAUCCCAUGUCCUUGUCAAGAGACUCGGGCUUGACCUUGUCAGACUGCCAAUUAUUCAUACCGGAAUCGCCCGUGGGCUCGGAGGAUUCGGCACCGAACGCUUCAUCGUCCAGUAAUUACGAUAAGCCUCUCGCCAAGGAGGAAAAGUCUAACGGCAAGCCCUACAUGCCGGUUUAUAGAUGCGGAUGGGAAGAGAGACUGAACGGUUACACGUCCGGCAGCCAUAAUCACGCGAAUAACGCGGAGCACAGCUUUCGGGAGGAAAAGGCCAGCGCGUGUUUCUCCAGUGCGCCGUCUCAGCAGCCGUCCAACUUUCAGCGGCAGGAUUGGCUGCGAGCGCAGUUGAAACGAACACCAAGGACGAACAAGCUGGACGAACAUGAGCACAGAGCAAAGGAGAGAUUCGGCGACAAGGACAUGUACGAUAGGGAGUACCUGAGACAGGACGCGAUGAAAGAGAAUGUGGAGAACUGCAAGACUUAUCGGAGUAGACAGUUAACGGUGACUUACGAUAUAUUAUCGGAGGAUUACGACAGUAAGAGCUCGCAACAGGAUAUCCGAGGCACCGAGCGGGUGCUGAUGAACGAUUCGGAGCAAGACCUGACCGGCGGCGCCGAUACGCCGCUUUCCGGCAGCGAUCGUUAUGAAUUCAAAAAGAAGGAGCGCUUUAGUGAAUUUAAGAAAAAGGCCAAGUCCUCCGAAGUCCAGUACGUGAGCCUGGAGUCACCGAUGUCGGAGAAGGAGCGCCGUCGCCAGACUCACGAUCACGAAAUGUACGAGGAUUUCGUGAGAGUGAAGGCGAUAUACAUGGAAGCGUUCAAGUACUGCAACGGCAAGGAAUCGAACAACGAGUCUGAGAACAAAAUAGACUACUGCGAGGACAGAGGUCGGUCGAGCGAGGUUUACGCAGACGCGAACGAUUCGUACAAGAGCGUGAUGAUCGACCUUAGCGAAGACGAGCAAGAGGAACGGACGACAUCGUGGCCGGACACCCCGCCGCCGUUGCCGCCGCGGCUCAGGCACUUGCCGCCGGUGCACAUGAGCCUCGAGGACAGGCACAAGGCGGCAGGUAGGUCCAGAUCGUUGCCACCGCCGCCGCCGUAUCGUCCACCGCCGCAACCUCGCGCUCCCAUCACCACGAGGCAUCUGGGUUUCGGCAGAUCCGUUGUCGACGAUGAGAGCUACGUUUGAGAGCGAGCGGCCGCCUUGCAAUUCAUCGAAGAAAAUCCUCACAUCAUUAUCUAUCUUCGGCGUGUAUAAUGUCCGAGUCGUAGGAUUCGCUUACGACGACUUAACCUAGUCCAAACUGAAAACUUGCGUAGUAACGAGAAUAAUGAGGAGACCCGACGGUGGCAUGUGAAUGCCACCGCCGUCGCGGUUCUUCUUCAGAAAUGACGAAUAUAUUUAUCGUCCUUCGAUCAAACUUAAAAAUAGCGAGACGAAUAAAACGAAACGAGAGAUGGCGAAGUGGAAUUUGCUGUCUACUUGUGACCGUCAACAAUUUUGGCCUGUAUUCCCGUUGCGCUGUUCAGUUUAAUGUGUUCAUUCGGUUUUCAUUUUUACAUUUGUUACUGAAUUUCUUUUAUACGCGCGGAUAAAAUCUCAAUUUAAACGAUCGUAUUUAGUGCUAAAACGAGAAUACGGGCCUGUUACUGUCAUUCAGUGAUACAGGGUGCUUCCACGAGCAUUAGUUCAUACUAUCUUAGUAGGCUUAGUAUUCGUAUUUAGGUUGCUAAGUGUAAUCUAAAUAAUGGACAAUAUUAUGAUGAUACGAGUAAUUCUUUCUUCACGUAAAACAAUAACGUUUGUAAAAAUAUUAAUAACAAAAAUUAUUUUCUACAAAUGUCGAUGAAAUUUUGUAGAAAUACAAUCCGAAAUGCUGCCUAUUAACAGCGCAUUAAUAGCUACAACAAUGCGCUCGAGGAGUAUGUAAUAUUUUGCAGUGUGUUUUAUAGCGAAAGAUCUUUUAUUCUCGUGAAUCGUUUUUAACAGACAUACAUUCUGCGGAUCGAAUGCACUUUCUGUCGACAUUGAUGUGACAGUGCAUGUGUAUAUUUUAAAUUUGUGAGAGGAGCGAGGACCAGUUGCGAGGGCAAUAUCAUUAGAGUUCCGCGUGAGAACUCAAAAGUAGAUUCGUCAAGAAUUUUGUAAAAUAUCUUAUUUUGCACACUCGUAACUGGUGCUAUUUUGAAAUUGACUUUAAGUUUACGAAAAUUCAGCCUUUUUCAGCAUCCAAUUCUUUUUUUUAGAACCAGCUCUGUAAACAACAAUGCGUUCGCGUAGCUGUAUUUUUUAACGAAAUCUUAGUGACGGAAUCAUCAUUUUUUCAGAUGUUCUUUUCCGCGCACGUUCGUCAAUUUCCUCUUACAUUUACAUCGAACGGGAACGAAUUUUCCCGUAAUUAACAAUGUUUUGUUUCUGACAAUUGAAAUAUGAUUUAGAAACAGGAUAUUUUGUGCGUGGAUACAAGUGCGAUAAUCUUAACUGUUAUAGGAUGCAAGAAAUAUAUUGGAGUGUUACUACGCGACCAGCCUUUCUUGUAUAUAUUAAACUACAAAAUGUCAUCUCUUUUCUUUCGCUAAACAUAUGAUACGAUGUGUAACACGUAUAAGAUAUCUACACAUAUCUAAAUUAUAUGUUAAAAAUGCUAUAAAAGCAAAUAUAUAUUUCGUAUUUUAUAAAUC